CCGACUCCACGAACAUUCAAUUCACCACCACCACCACCACCAACAACAACCACCUUCCUCGACCCCCAAAUUGAGCCGUCUCUUCCUCUCUAUCAGAUCCCGGGAAAGUAUCUGAUAGAGCGAAGCAGCGGACUCUCCGGGUCUAAUCGCCGCGCACCGAGCAAAGCAAACCAGCAAGCAACCAGCACCGCAUACUCCCCUCCCCCUUCCGACCACAAACCUCCCGUCCGGCCGCAAUGGCCACCCCGACCACCAACGCAAUGAAGAAGCCACAGACGAUGCAGAAGCUGCUGCAACCGAUCCAGAAGGUGCUGGACCCGACCAAGAUGGGGACGUGGAACAUCGUGCGGCGGCCACCGAUCGAGAACAACACGGUGAUCCAGGGCCGGCCGCGGCAAGAAGGGUCCAAUGCGUUCCGUACACACCAGGCGAAGGAAGGGGUGCGGUUACGCAAGGCGCUGCAGGCUCUGACGCACGGCAAGAACAUCUUCGUCUAUCACAACAUGCGGACCAACCAGGUGGUGUACUCGUUGACGAGAUAUCUGGAUAAGAACAACGUCCUCCGUCAAAUGGUCUACCACGGCAAGAAGACCGUGCCAGCGACGCUACGCAAAGACAUGUGGGUGCCGUACUACUCGGUGCACUUUGACCAAGCGCAGGUGGGACUGCGGGCGUACCACCUUCUACGGGAGUUCGCGAUGCAGCGGCAGCUGGCGCCGCCGCGGGAGAUGAUCACGAUCACGGAGGCGUGGCUCGCCCAAAAACGACCGCGGGACCCGAACGCGGCGGAGGAGUUCAACGAGAAGUGGAACGACAAGGUCGGAUGGCUGAUGAAGCCCAAGGACCGGGCGCGCGCGCUGAUGGACCAGAAGGCCACGUCGGUGGCGGACGUGGCGGCCGUGCUGGCCAUCCAGCAGGAGGAGAUCAAGGACGGCUUCGCCGGCGGCCAGCGCGGCUACCUGACCCGCACCGCGCGCCGCCGCCGUCGCGCCGCCCGCGCCAAGGAGGCCGCCGUCGCCGUCCGCCAGGCCGAGCGCGUCGCCGCCUUCGAGGACGCCCUCAGCUUGCCCAACGUCCGCUACAAGGUCCAGGAGGUCGUCGAGGAUGACGCCGUCUCCCGCGCCCUCCAGGAGGUCGAGAACCCCGUCAAGAUCCUCUGGACCGACGUCCACGACGCCCGCUUCGCCGCCCAAUGGCCUGAUCGCGUCCGCCACGGCGAGCUCGACCUCUCCCGUGACCAUGUCAUGCCCGGCCAGAAGCCCAUCUACGACGACAUCGAGGUCUUGGCCGAUAACGCCUUCAAGGAGAAGGGCGUCCAGGCCGACGAGACCGUUCCGGUGAAGAACUAA